GAGAGAUGGCUAAGAGCAGUUCCACUAGAAACAAAGAGGCCAAGAAAGAAAUACUCUUACCUGACUUGUGGGUCACUCACCACCAAGUCAAUGGUAGCGGUCGACCUAAUAAUUCGUACUACAUGAAUGUAAGAACAAGACAAAAGUUUUACUCUAAAAUAACAUUCUACAGACACUUCCGUAAAUUGGCGGAUGAGUCACAUGAUUACGUGAAGAGCGAAAGCUGGCUUAAGAGAGAAACAGCCGAGGAAGAGAAGGAUCAAGUGUGUUCAAGGUGCAAAGAGAUUGGACAUAACUGCAUUACUUGUCCUUAUCCAAUCAUCCUCAAGAUUAACCCUUAUGCGGGAACAAGGAUUCGUAGGUGCAGUAGAUGUCACUACCUCGGCCACAAUGUCCGUACAUGUCGUCGAGCCGUUUAAUUAAAACUAGUUGUGUAAUUCAACGCACAUUUGAAAAAACUAUUUUUUUGUUUGUGGUUUCAUGUUUUGUCUG